AUGGUCGCCCAGGUCGAGACAGAAGACGACGGCGAAGCCCUGCUCUUGACGGGUUAUGCGGCGCCCAUGGGCCAGUCCGAUCUCGACAUCGCACACCUCGGUAUGUACCAUGACCCCCGUGAACAAACGGAGAGCGGUCCGAACGGCAAACAGACCAAGUUUUACACUUUCAUUCACCGCCCACGUUCCUCGCGUCCUGUGCUGCCCGCAGCACGCCGAUCACGAUCAGCGGAGCCAGUCCCCCCUGCUGGCUCUGCCUCCGUCCCUGACUCCCAGCGUCACACCCGACACUUUAGCCUCGACGACGAGCCCGACGACCAGCCGAACGACUCGCAUCAUGAUCACACCCCCAGAUCGAAAUCGCGUACGCAGCCCAGCAAGCGAUCGCCGUCGCGUCCCCUCAGCGCCUCCACGGCCGCGACGAACUCGACCGUCACGGACCACGACCACAGAAAGAAGCUCCGACGGCACAGACGGCCUGAAGGGAUCACCAUCUCGCCCCCGGCGCACAUGCCCGAUGUGCUCGACCUCACCUCUCCCGUCGCCUCUCCCGUCCGAGGACCGUCAAACCCCCGACCGACGCCACACCCCGGUGAGACGCGCGAGCGCUCCCGGGCCAAGUCCCCCAACCCCUUCGCGAGGCUGUUCCACGGGCUCUCGAGCCCGCGCAAGGCCUCCACGCAGCUGCCGUCGUCGCACUCCCGCUCAGGAUCCCCCACCCCCCGCUCCCGCCCGCAGAGCCCUUCUAUCGGGGUAUCCUCCGUUCCUGGCUCGCCGAGAAAGGAAAGAGGCCGCAGCCAGACGUGCUGGCGCUUCUUCUCCGGGGCCGCGCCCGGCGCCGCGUCGACGAGUGCGGGGAAGCGCGCUGCCGAAUCUGGCUCUGGGAUGCCGUCGGAGAAAGUGGACGGGUUGCAUGCACAUGCGCCGAAGCGGGAUAAGGAGAGUGGCAGCCCGGAGAAGAAGGCGGGCGUCACUGUCGUUGCUCCGCGCCCACUGCCAGCGAGGGCCAUUCCUGCGCAUAUGAACGGCGCUGGGUACCAGGGUGUGCCCCCCGUGCGGGUGCGCACGUCGCCGCCCAGGCUGGACGGCGGGAAUGCGGGCGAGCGAGAGAGUAUCGGCACGGAGAAGCUCGGGCGGUGUUCGCCGUUACUCCUCAGUUUCGGGCACAAGGGCAAGAGUAAGGAGCGCAAGGAGAAGGAGACGGCGAAGGUGGAGAUCAGGGUCGUCGGCGAGCCGAUUAUCGCUAGGGACUAUGGGAAGGAUAGGCACGCUGCGCGGCCAGCAGGCGCGAUUGGCCGGCCGUACGCGUCCGGGAGUCACCCUGGCGCGUCGACUGCCAAGGUGCACAGGUCGAGCACGGGCUCCGGGUCCAAGUCGGGCAAGGCGGACGCGAAGGCGGCCAAGCGGCUCAAGCACGGGAGCUUCGACUUUGAGCGGCCCGCCAGCGGGGGCAGCUCACUCGAAGGGCGCACGAAGAGCCUCAAGGACAAGGAGCGCGCUCUCGAGGGGCAUCGGGGCGCGCGCGUCGUCGAUGCGUCGUUAACUGCUAAUACGCGGAAGCACCCGCAGCGCAUCCAGUUCAAGAGUCUCUCCGAGACCGAGGAUAAUGGGCUGCCGUCGCCGCUGAGGCGCCGCGGCACCGGGGGGUCUGCUGCGUCGCGCGCGCAUGGGUACAGCCAUUCGCAGACGACCGUAUCUGCCUCUGGGGACUCUGCGGAGGGCAGGGAGGCGGGGGGGAGCUGGGGGAGGUCCCAUCAUCCCCCGCGGUCUGCGCUGCAGCAGAGACACAGGCAUCUCGGGGCCUUCCAGUUCGAGCCCGCGGUUCCGUACGUGCCGCCGUCCGCGCCGAGGGACGGUAUGUUCGCUUCGCGGACGACGGGUGCGCCGCUGGCUAAUAAGACGCCGAAAGUGAACUUGGUGCCGGCCAGCCCGUUCUUGGACGACUCGAGCAGCCACUCUGCGCCGAGUACGAAGGCGAAGAGCCUGGAUCUCGGGCUUGGGCUCGCGUGGGCGCCUUCAAGGGUGAAGGAGGACCAUUUCUUGCCGAAUAGCCACGGGAUAGGGCUCAUGCGGAGCAAGGAGCGCGAGCAGGUGCUCACAGAGCUGCGAGCGCUCGUUGGGGACGCUGGUAUGCAGCGCGUCGAAAAAUACAUCCGUCGGUGCGAAGCAGGCCAGUUGCCGCUCGACGGGCCCUCCGGCCUCGCGUCGCGCGUCAGGAAGGUUGUGGAGUUGUCCCCGUCGCCUAUGCAUGGUUUCAAAUCGGACGAGCGCAGUAGGAGACUGCUUAUCGACCGUCUUGUGAGGGCGGUGCAGGCUGGCCCUGUCGUUGCGACAUAG